UUUUCCACUUUGUUUAUCUACAAUCCUCUCUCAACUCGAUCAUUUCUCUAACUCUCUCUCUCUCUCGCUCUCUCUCACUAUAAACUACUUCUGUCUUUCUUUCUCUCUCUGCAGAAACUUUUAAUUAGCUUUGAAGAAGAGUAUACAUAUAUAUAUACAUAUACAUAUACAUAUAUAUACCAAAGGAAGAAAACUAUAGAAAUAGUAGUGGAUAUCUUUGUUUUGAGAGGGUAUUUUUGAAAAGAAUCAAAUUAAAUUAAAGAUGGGAAGACAACCGUGCUGUGACAAAGUGGGGUUGAAGAAAGGGCCAUGGACAGCCGAAGAGGACAAGAAACUGAUCAACUUCAUACUCUCCAAUGGCCAAUGCUGCUGGAGAGCUGUACCUAAGCUCGCAGGAUUACUAAGGUGUGGAAAAAGUUGUAGGCUGAGAUGGACCAAUUAUCUUCGCCCAGAUUUGAAGAGAGGCCUUUUAUCUGAUUAUGAAGAGCAAUUGGUCAUUGAUCUUCAUGCCCAACUAGGCAAUCGAUGGUCUAAGAUUGCGUCUCAUCUCCCGGGAAGAACAGACAACGAGAUCAAAAACCACUGGAAUACCCACAUCAAGAAGAAGUUGAAGAAAAUGGGGAUUGAUCCUCUCACCCACCAACCACUUUCUACGGUCACAGACCAAUCCCAUAUAACCCAACCUGAUGAUGAACAGCAACCUCACCAAAAGCAAGAUGAUCAUACUAAUCCCGAAGUUAGUAACGACGAUCACCAGAGCCAGCCCGAAACGACGUCGUCUUCGUUUCAGUCGUCUUCAGUGACGGAACCUAAAGAUGAUCAGUUGGCUGAGAACAGCCGGACGAGCACAUUAUUCGUGGUUGACGAAGACGAAAUGCAGCUCAUCAAUAACGGCUUUUGCACAGACGAAGUGCCACUGAUGGAGCCUCACGAGAUUAAUGUAGUAUCUUCUUCUUCCGCCGCCACAACGACGUCGUAUUCUUCGUCGUCAUCUUCUUCUUCGUCGACGACGUCUUCGUCUUCGUCUAACUUCCUGGAAGACUUACAGCUCAUGCCGGACUUUGAAUGGCCACCGUCUGAUUACGGCAACAAUAUUAAUGGAGGCAGUACUACUACUACUAGCUCGGCGAUGACAGGAUUCUGGGACGAUCAGGCCGAUUAUUUCAACAGUUGGGAUUUGUUGAUCGAUGAUGAUGUUGACAGAAAGCAGAUCCUUGAUCCUUCUCUCACUCAGGGCCCCGAAACUGUUUUGGAUCACGAAUAUUGGCCCUUUUAACUUUUGUGAAAAUAAAAUAUAUUUCCUUUUUUAUUUUCCCUCUUUUGUAAUUGGGGAUUUGUUUGUAAUUUCCCUAUUAGGUUUUUUCAGAGAGAAUAAAUUAAGAACUUGGGUAAAACCAUAUGUUUAUCAGCAUUAGUAACUAUUGAGACACUUUUUUUU